GGGAAAUUAGGGUUACAGCAGGCAGCACGCUAAUGGCGCAUGCGCACUUACAAAGGAACCUUCUGACCAACAUUACACAAACAUCACAUUGGGGAGACAUGCCAGAGGGUAGGCUGAUAGGAAGAAAAAACAACGAAAGUAUGUGACAUGAGGAGAGAGGAGGAGAAAAAAAAACUCCACUCAGACUGAGCUCCUAGUGGGAGAACAGUUUGAUAACAGAAAAAAAAACACCUCAGCACAAAAAGCACAUGACUAUCAAUACACCAUAGAAACACAAGACAAGCAACGGGGCGGGGAAAGGGUGAGAGAGAGCCGGUGUAGACAGCGCUUCCGGUCCUGCAGCAUGCCUGCGCUGGUCCAGUCGACUACCAUCUUCACCGGUCCAGGCCUGGCAUUCAUUGCAUACCCUCAGGCUGUAGCCAUGAUGCCCCUGCCUCAACUGUGGUCCAUCUGUUUCUUUGUUAUGCUCAUUCUCUUGGGUCUGGAUUCACAAUUUGUUGCCAUGGAGGUGUUGAUGACGUCCUUCAUCGAUAUGUUUCCCAAAGUGUUGCGCAGGGCCGGUCGAAGGGAGAUUUUUCUCCUUCUCUUCUGCCUAAUAUGCUUCUUCUGUCAGCUUGUCACGAUUACUGAGGGAGGGAUGUUUGUGUUCCAGUUGUUUGACUACUAUGCUUGUAAUGGAGCCUGCAUCCUCUUCCUAUGUGUGUUUGAAACUCUGGCACUGGGUUGGAUAUUUGGAGCAGAUCGGCUGUAUGACAUAAUAAAGGACAUGACAGGGACACAAGUCAACUACUUCUUUAAACUCUGCUGGCUCUACCUCAUGCCACUGGUCUCACUGGGCUCUUUUAUAUAUUCUUUCGAGUACCAGCCUCUGACCUUUAAUCGGUGGUACGUCUACCUAUCCUGCACAUAUGUGCUGGGUUGGGUACUGGACCUCUCCUCCAUCCUGCUUGUUUCGGGAUGAGCCAUGUAUAAGCUGGGCACUGGGACUGGGACCCUAAGUCAGCGUUUCCAUCAUCUGUGGCAGCCAAAUCUUGAAAACCUAGGGAACCAAAGGAAAGAAACUGGAGAGCAGAACAUCAAAGAACAACUUCUGCAGUAGUUCAAACUCAACUGAUACAAAAAGGUCAUCUGGUCCUUUAGUUUUUGUAACGGCUAUGAUUUGGAACUGAAUGUGAUGUGACUUUCUCUGUUUACCUUUACACAACUGAUUGUAUAAAACAUAAAAUGUUAAAAUUUUGUCACGUAAAAAUAAAAUUAUUUUGAAUUGCAAAUGAGACUGAUUUAAUGGCAUCCACCAAAAAAUGAGUAAAAAAUACAAAUAGCUGAUUGAGUUACAACUUUAGUUUUGUCUGAAGCACUUAGAGCAAGAAAUCUACAAAACAAAGGCAUAAAGAAAUUUAAGUUUUCAUUUUUAUAUAUCAGGCCUUGUUCAUGUAUGCCUUUUUCCAGUAUCCAAUUCAUAUACUAUGAGAGAUAUUGGCAUGGACCUUGUUAAGUCAGGUGAUGUCCAUAAAUAUCUCACUCAUGAUCCUCACUCAUAGGUUUGGGCAGCAUGAGGGGCAUAACCUGGGGACCCUUACUUGGAUGCAUGCUCUGACCAAAACCCCUGACCAACUGUUCGAAAGACUGCUAUUUUUAAUUCCAAAGUGGUUGCAAUGGUAAUAAGAGCAUUAGGAGUUGUAACUUGGUAGAGGACCCAAGCUUGUGAAGAUGUCUCACACAUCAAACACACAAUGGAGGACAUGCAAAUCAAUUUAUGUUACUUAUACUUCAUGUUUUAGUGGGGUUAAGUUAACUGGUGAUUCUAAAUAGCUCAUAUAGGUCUCUCUGUGUUAGCCCAGCGACAGACUGGUGACUUGUUCAGGAUGUAGUCUGCCUCUCGUCAAGUGGUGGUUGAGAGAGGAUUCAGCCUACAUUUUCUUUCCAUUACAAUAAAACUACCAUAAAAACCAUUGAUAGUAUGAUGCCUAGCAACCACCCAUUUAAUAUAGAUAAGAACCUUAAGGAGUCUAAGCCAUUCCUGUGUGCCAAGUAUGAUCGCUGAACUCCAGACUGUGUAGGAGCUGGCAGCCAAACAAAAGAAAUCAAAAAUCAAAAAUCAUCACACACAAAGACAGACUUCAUGUGUUAUGAUAAGAUGGUAAAUAUCUUUUUCAUAUAAUUUAGAAAUGAUUAAGUAACUAAAACAUUCAGGCAACAAAGACCAGUUUAAGCUUUAAGAGAGCGCCAUACAUAUGCCUAAAAUCCCAUUCUGUUACAGUGCUUAGACCAGGG